AUGAUCGACAACGACGUCCUGGCCCUGAACAAGUACGACUCCCACCCGGAGCUGCGGAAGCUGAAGCCGUGGAGUCCGGCCAUGUUCACGGCGUCGUCCUUCUCCAUCCUCAACUACCCUACCGACAUUUUCGACCUCGUGCGCGACGGCACCAUCCGGGUGCACAUCGCCGACCUGACGGGCCUGUCGGCGAGGACAGUGCACCUAUCCGACGGCACACAGCUUGACGCCGACGCACUCUGCUGUGUCACCGGCUGGAAGCACAUGCCACCCGUCGAGUUUCUCCCCGAGGGCGGCCUGGUUCUGGUCGACCGCCGAGGCGUUCCUCGAGGACGACCGGCCCGCGGGGACGACGCCGAGCGCACCGCUUCCUCAUCUGGCGACUCCUCCUCCUCCUCCGAAGCGGGAGAGGACCGAGGCCGCGCCGAGCCAAUCACCACUUCCGUCGUCGCCGCGGCCGACGACAACGAUCCGGCGUAUGUCGCCAUCGCUGCCGGUGUUGAGGCGAUGGGCCUUAACCAAAAUGAUGACGACGACUCCGGGCGUGUCGGCUCGGAGAUGGAGGUGGAUGGGUCGGCUCACCGCUUCAAGCGUGUCGAGAUGUGGGCGAGGGGGUGUGUGGGGGAGGUGGUGCUCUAG